GGCACCCUGGCGGCGCCGGAAGGGGGUGUCCCAUUGCUUCCGGCCCUGGGGCGGCGGCGCGAGGUUGCCCCAGUGAUGAAACCUGCUCUUUCAGAAGAGUGACCUGCAGUAGAAAGGAUACCAUCUCUCUCAAGUACUUCUCCAGUAGCCAUUUUCUGUUGGCUUGCAGCAUGGCAGCAGCAUGGAAGAGGGCUACAUUGUUUGGCAACAUGUGGCUGCGUUUAGCAGCAUUCACUAGACAGGCUACAGUACACAAUGGAGCUGUGCAGUGUGCUCGCCAUAAAUAUUCAUUGGUCCCAGAAGACUAUAACUGCAAAGUGGACCUUGCCUUGACGUCAGACAGGAGGACAAUUGUCUGCCACCAUCCUUCAGUUGAGAUUCCAUAUGAGCAUACAGAACCUGUACCACGACCAGACCCAGUGAAUAAUAAAGAAGAAACACACGAUCAGGUAUUGAAAUCCAGAUUGGAAGUGAAGGAAAUGAAAAAUGAUAAAGGUCCUACAAUAGAGGAACUCAGCAAAAUGUUUUACACAACAAAACAUCGUUGGUAUCCUGUGGGACAGUAUCAUAGACGGCGCAAGAAAUACAAUUUUCCUAAAGAAAGAUGAUUAAGAGGGUAUUUCUUUUUGUUAUGCCUCAAUAUCUUGUCAUUAAUCAUUAUUGGAAACAAGCUACAAAAAUGCAAGAAUUCUGCUGAUUUGUUUCUAAAUUACGCUAUUAUAUCAUUAAAAUAUUUUUUUCUAAAUUAAA